GACCUGUGACCUGAGGAACCAUGUGGGAGGAGAACUUUGACACAGAGCAGGAGGUGGGCGCUCGCCUGGACUACUCUCCGGUCUCGUGGAGUGAGUACUUUGAGGAGAUGGAGGACGUGAGCGUUGGGGUGGCUGACUGCAGAGACGUGUUUCGGGUUUACAAAGCGGGCUCCCGGGGGCCACUCCUGGUACUGCUGCACGGAGGCGGCCACUCUGCGCUGUCCUGGGCCGUGUUCACCACCGCCAUCUCCAGCAGGGUGCGCUGUCGAGUCCUGGCCAUGGACCUCAGAGGACACGGAGCCACUUCAGUGCGACAGGCCGGAGACUUCAGCACCCUGACCAUGUCCAGUGAUGUUGCUAAUGUGGUGCGUGCAUGUUAUGGGGAGACUCCGCCCCCUGUGGUCCUGAUUGGUCACGGUGUGGGCGGAGCCAUCGCCGUGCACACGGCCAGUAACAUGCACGUGCCCAACACGGUGGGACUGGUCGCCAUCGACGUCGUGGAAGGCAGUGCCAUGGACGCCCUCCACAGCAUCCAGAACUUCCUCAAACUCAGACCCAAGUCCUUCAAGUCCAUGGACCAGGCCAUCGAGUGGAGUGUGAAGAGCGGACAGAUCCGAAACCUGGAGUCAGCCCGAGUCUCCAUGGCCGGACAAAUCAAAAGGUGUGAGUUGGAGGAGAGCGAUUCCGUGGACUCGACGCAGCAGCUGACUGAUCCGGCUCCCGAGGUCGUGGUCGAACACGGCGAGGAGUUUUUCCACCAACGAGAAGAAGGCGAGGGGGCGGAGCCAGAGGAAAGCCCGGGGGAGGGGCAGAGCAUGUACAAAUGGAGGAUCGAUCUGUCGAAAUCGGAGAAAUACUGGGACGGCUGGUUCAGAGGAACGUCCAAUCUGUUUCUGAGCUGUGACCUGCCCAAACUGCUGCUGCUCGCAGGAAUCGACCGUCUGGACAGAGAUCUGACCAUCGGCCAAAUGCAAGGUAAAUUCAUGAUGCAGGUGCUGCCCCCCUGUGGCCAUGCAGUGCAGGAGGACAGACCAGACAAGGUCGCCGAGGCCGUGGCGUCUUUCCUGUUGAGACACAAGUUCGCUGAAGCUCGUGGGUAAAAACCUGUUUCCGUGACGACCGCUGUGACCUUUGACCCGCUGUGAGGGACAUCUCUGCUGUAGAAGUCUGUUUAAGCACUGUACAUUUUAGAGCAUUUAAAACCAGUAUUU